AUGUCGGCUCUGCAGCAGCUAGAUUACAUCAACGUCGAGUACAACGAGCUCACUGGCCCCGUGCUGCCUCCCGCCAUUUCCGGCUUCUCCAAUCUCAAGGAAAUAUUGUUCCGGGGCAACCUUUUCACGGGCCCUAUGGAUGAUGCUGUCUCCGCCUUGAAGUCGCUCGAGAAGCUGUGCGUCCACUUCACCACGCCCUACACUGCACGCCCUACCCCACCUGCCCUCACUCCACUACCUGCCCCACCUGCCCUCACUCCACUACCUGCCCCACCCUCACUGCACGCACUACUUUACCUUCCCCCACCUGCCCUCACUCCCGCCCUACCCCACCUGCCCUCACUCCCGCCCUACCCCACCUGCCCUCACUCCCGCCCUACCCCACCUGCCCUCACUCCCGCCCUACCCCACCUGCCCUCACUCCCGCCCUACCUCACCUGCCCUCACUCCCGCCCUACCUCACCUGCCCUCACUCCCGCCCUACCCCACCUGCUCUCACUCCACGCCUUACCCCACCUGCCCUAG